AUGGUUGCCUUCAUCCAAAACUGGAUCAAUGACUUACUGGAUACUGUCGGCUUGGAUCCUGCAAGUUUGAAGGUGCUAUUAUGUACAUUGCUUUCUUUUCCCUUUGGCAUAAUUUUUAAGCGAAUUCCAGAUCAACAAUACUUUUUCAAAAAUAUCUACAAUGUUUUGGUGUCAUCAUUUUACAUCUUUGGCAUUUGCGAUUUGAGAUGGGGAUUGGGGACACUAGUAUUGUCUUCCCUAGGAUCGUAUUUCAUUACGAGAUAUUUGAGAACACCGAAAAUGCCUUGGAUCAAUUUCUUGUUUUUAAUGAUACACAUGGCUUACACACAUUUCCAUCUUCAAUUCUUUGCUGAGUACGAUCCCUCCGUGAUUGAUAUCUCUGGUGCACAAAUGAUACUAGUCAUGAAGUUGUCUGCUUUUGGGUGGAGUGUUCACGAUGGGAAACAGCCUCGCGAUACGUUGAGCGAUUACAAUAAGUCGAGAGCCAUUUAUGAGCAUCCCAAUUUGUUACCCUUUAUUGGCUAUGCUUUCUUUUAUGCUUCGCUUUUAACUGGGCCAGCUUUUGAUUACAUGGACUACGACCACUUUAUUCAUUCUACUUUGUUUGAUGAUGUUCCAGAAGACAAAAGACCAGGUAGAAAGAGAAAAAGAAGGAUACCGAAGAGUGGAAGGCAAGCAUUGAGGAAGUUGCUACAAGGAUUGUUUUGGGCAUUUCUUUUGUUUGAAGUUCCCAAGUUGGUCAGUACAGAGUUUGUUUUCUCCAAACAAUUUGUCAAUGAGCACGGUUUCGUUUACAGAAUCUUCUACAUGUGGCUCUUAGGUUUUCUAUACAGAUUGAAGUACUAUGCCAUCUGGCUCAUAGCAGAAGGCGCAUGUAUUUUAUGUGGUAUUGGGUACAACGGAUACGAUCCAAAGACAAAAGAGUUCAGAUGGGAUAGGGUACAAAAUGUUGAUCCUAUAGCUUUUGAAUUAGGUCAAAAUGUUCACACAUGUUUAGAGGCGUGGAACCAAAACACUAAUAAAUGGCUUAAACAUUAUAUAUACUUGAGAGUUGCAAAAAGAGGUAAAAAACCUGGUUUCAAAAGCACUGUUUUCACCUUUGCCACCAGUGCUUUUUGGCACGGUACAAGGCCAGGUUAUUAUUUGACGUUCGUUGUUGGUGCAUUUUUGCAAACUGUUGGCAAACUUUUCAGAAGGAAUAUCCGACCUUAUUGUUUAGAGAGUGAUGGAGUUACCCCUAAACCAACGAAAAGAGUAUAUGACUUUGUUUCUUGGGUUUGCACACAGCUUGCAUUUGGGUUUGUCGUUCAGCCAUUUGUAAUUCUUGACUUUAAGAAGUCAAUAAUUUGUUGGCAAACCGUCUACUAUUGGUUGUUGUUGGUCAUUGCGGGCUCGUUUUUUGUUUAUCGUGGUCCGUUUGCAAAGUAUUUCACUGUCAAGAGACUGGAUUCAAAGACGAAGGCCGCUGCUCAACAAGUAAAGCCUCAGGGUUUUGAUUCAAAUUUGACAAAGGAAGAGAAUGACCUAGUGAUGAACGUGGUGGAGAACAAUUUGGACAAGAAGGACACCAUGCCAACCUUGGGAGUGCCAUCCUUUGAUGACCUUCAAAAUUUAGACAAGGAUGAGUUCGAUGAGGAACUACAUCAUUUGAAAGACGCUUGGGGCUCGUUCAAAAGUCGAAAUUUUCUCGCUGAAGAUGAUUUUGAUGGUUUGAAAGAUGCAUACACUAACUUCACCCAAGAAAUUAACGAAAUAUUUGACCGCAAAAAGGAAGAGUUUUCCAAACAGCGGGAAAAAAUGGCUAAAGUCGAUUGA